CUUGGAGUAGGAGAGGAGGGGGCCUGGGCUGCCUUUAAGGGCAGACCCCUGGGGAGAGACAGGGGGAAACCCUAGGGGCAGUACCCACAGACUCCCCCUCCUCAUACCAUUUGGGGACCUCAGCCCCAGAGUAGGGUCGGGAACCCUGAGAGGGAAUGGGGCUGGGUGUCAGCACAAUGAGGUGGGGAGGUCCGUGUGUUUUAGAGCCUCCUGUCCCUUCUGUUCCCAGGUCGAUGCCCAUCAUUUGUAAGCAAAGCCUACCAUGGGUGGGUCUGGUGCAAUCCCCAUUCCCCAGAAGAGGAAACUGAGGUCUGGAAAGCAGAGACUUAGCCCAGGCCCCACAAUGGGGUGUGGCUGAGGCCAGGAGCUGGGAGCCUGGCAGAAGUCUUGGCUCUCUGCUUCCUGGGUCACAGGGCGCUGGAACCAUACUGCCUGCAAGCAAGUCCUGGCUCCGAUGACCUCGGGCAGGCUACAAAGCAUCCCUGUAACUCAGUCUCCCCAUCUGUUAAAUGGGAGUGACAAGAGCACACCCCUCUUAGGCUCGUUAGGAGGCCUGUGAGUGCGCAGAGACAUUAGGUGCAUUGGACUGUCCUUGGCGCACAGUAGGGGCAGUGUGUGUAUGUGAGACUUUGUACUGAUAAUAACAGUAUUGCCCAUCAGACACCGAGCAGCAGUUUGGGGGUGGCACCCAACAUGAGGCAGGGUCCUUUCCUGGCUGGAAGAGCCUGGGAUGGGAGGGUCCUACCUGUGGCCACUUGGCCACACUGGCCCUGGCUGAGUCUAAACCCUGGAGGACAUCCCCUCUGGCUGCUGGUCCUGAGUCACACGGGUUGGCCCUGGGAGUAUGCCAGGGACUGGGCUCUUCUCAGAAAAUGGGGCUGGCAUGUACUUCCCUGGCCCCUGCCAGCUGCAGGGCUGUUUGAGGGAAGAAGAGCUCACUCAUUGCCUGGUCCUGAGAGCAGGGCGAGUCCCCUCUUGGGGGACUGUGCUUCUAUAAGAUGGGGAGGAGCGUUGAGGCUGUGGGGACCCUGGAAAGUGUGGAGACCUCCAGUCGGAACCUGGUCACCCUGCGUGUGGACCCCAAUGGCUUCUUCUUGUACUGGACGGGCCCCAACAUGGAGGUAGACACACUGGACAUCAGUUCCAUCAGGGACACACGGACGGGCCGGUACGCCCGCCUGCCCAAGGACCCCAAGAUCCGGGAAGUUCUGGGCUUUGGGGGUCCCGAUGCCCGGCUGGAGGAGAAGCUGAUGACGGUGGUGUCUGGGCCAGACCCCGUAAACACAGUGUUCUUGAACUUCAUGGCCGUGCAGGACGACACAGCCAAGGUCUGGUCCGAGGAGCUGUUCAAGCUGGCGAUGAACAUCCUGGCUCAGAACGCCUCCCGGAACACCUUCCUGCGCAAAGCAUACACGAAGCUGAAGCUGCAGGUGAACCAGGAUGGUCGGAUCCCCGUCAAGAACAUCCUGAAGAUGUUCUCAGCUGACAAGAAGCGAGUGGAGACUGCGCUGGAAUCCUGUGGCCUCAACUUCAACCGGAGUGAGUCCAUCCGGCCCGAUGAGUUUUCCUUGGAAAUCUUUGAGCGGUUCCUGAACAAGCUGUGUCUGCGGCCGGACAUUGACAAGAUCCUGCUGGAGAUAGGUGCCAAGGGCAAGCCGUACCUGACGCUGGAGCAGCUCAUGGACUUCAUCAACCAGAAGCAACGCGACCCGAGACUCAACGAAGUGCUGUACCCACCCCUGCGGCCCUCCCAAGCCCGGCUGCUCAUUGAGAAGUAUGAGCCCAACAAGCAGUUUCUGGAGCGAGACCAGAUGUCCAUGGAGGGCUUUAGCCGCUAUCUGGGAGGUGAGGAGAACGGCAUCCUGCCCCUGGAAGCCCUGGAUCUGAGCGCAGACAUGACCCAGCCGCUGAGUGCCUACUUCAUCAACUCCUCGCAUAACACCUAUCUCACUGCGGGGCAGCUGGCUGGGACGUCGUCAGUGGAGAUGUACCGCCAGGCCCUGCUCUGGGGCUGCCGCUGUGUGGAGCUGGACGUGUGGAAGGGGCGGCCGCCCGAGGAGGAGCCCUUCAUCACCCAUGGCUUCACCAUGACCACGGAGGUGCCUCUGCGAGACGUGCUGGAGGCCAUUGCUGAGACCGCCUUCAAGACCUCGCCCUACCCUGUCAUCCUCUCCUUUGAGAACCACGUGGACUCGGCAAAGCAGCAGGCAAAGAUGGCCGAGUACUGCCGCUCCAUUUUUGGAGAUGCACUGCUUAUCGACCCUCUGGACAAGUACCCGCUGGCCCCAGGCGUCCCCUUGCCCAGCCCCCAGGACCUGAUGGGCCGAAUCCUGGUGAAGAAUAAGAAGCGGCACCAGCCUAGCACGGGUGGCCCAGACAACGCCGGGCGCAAGCGGCCGCUGGAGCAGAGCAACUCGGCCCUGAGUGAGAGUUCUGCCGCCACCGAGCCCUCCUCCCCGCAGCUUGGGUCUCCCAGCUCUGAUAGCUGCCCAGGCCUGAGCAAUGGGGAGGAGCGGGUGCUCGAGAAGCCCAGCCUGGAGCUUCGAAAAUCUUUGGGCGAGGAGGGCCUGAACCGGGGCCCCUAUGCUCUUGGACCUGCUGACCGUGAGGAUGAGGAGGAAGACGAGGACGAAGAGGAACAGUCAGACCCCAAAAAGCCCACCACAGAUGAGGGCACAGCCAGCAGCGAGGUCAAUGCCACCGAGGAGAUGUCCACGCUUGUCAACUACAUUGAGCCUGUCAAGUUCAAGUCUUUUGAGGCUGCUCGAAAGAGGAACAAAUGCUUCGAGAUGUCGUCCUUCGUGGAGACCAAGGCCAUGGAGCAGCUAACCAAGAGCCCCAUGGAGUUUGUGGAAUACAACAAGCAGCAGCUCAGCCGCAUCUACCCCAAGGGCACCCGUGUGGACUCCUCCAACUAUAUGCCCCAGCUCUUCUGGAACGUGGGGUGCCAGCUUGUUGCACUCAACUUCCAGACCCUGGAUGUGGCGAUGCAGCUUAACGCGGGCGUGUUCGAGUACAACGGGCGCAGCGGGUACCUGCUCAAGCCAGAGUUCAUGCGGCGGCCGGACAAGUCCUUCGACCCCUUCACUGAAGUCAUCGUGGAUGGCAUUGUAGCCAAUGCCUUGCGGGUCAAGGUGAUCUCGGGGCAGUUCCUGUCCGACAGGAAGGUGGGCAUCUAUGUGGAGGUGGACAUGUUUGGCCUCCCUGUUGACACGCGGCGCAAGUACCGCACCCGGACCUCUCAGGGGAACUCCUUCAACCCUGUGUGGGACGAGGAGCCGUUUGCCUUCCCCAAGGUGGUGCUGCCCACGCUGGCUUCGCUUCGCAUCGCAGCCUUUGAGGAGGGCGGCAAAUUUGUGGGGCACCGGAUCCUGCCUGUCUCUGCCAUCCGCUCCGGGUACCACUAUGUCUGCCUGCGGAACGAGGCCAACCAACCGCUGUGUCUGCCGGCCCUACUCAUCUACACCGAGGCCUCGGACUACAUUCCUGAUGACCACCAGGACUACGCGGAGGCCUUGAUCAACCCCAUUAAGCACGUCAGCCUGAUGGACCAGAGGGCCCGCCAACUGGCUGCCCUCAUUGGUGAGAGUGAGGCUCAGGCUGGCUAUGAGACAUGCCAAGACACCCAGUCUCAGCAGCUGGGGUCUCAGCUGUCCCCAAACCCCAGCCCUAGCCCACUCGAUGCCUCCCCACGCCGGCCCCCUGGCCCUGCCACCUCCCCUACCAGCGCCUCUCUGAGCAGCCCAGGGCAGCGCGAUGAUCUCAUCGCCAGCAUCCUCUCAGAGGUGGCCCCCACCCCGCUGGACGAGCUCCGAGGACACAAGGCUCUGGUCAAGCUCCGGAGCCGGCAGGAGCGAGAGCUUCGGGAGCUGCGCAAGAAGCAUCAGCGGAAGGUGGUCACCCUCACCCGCCGCCUGCUGGAUGGCCUGGCUCAGGCACAGGCGGAGAGCAGGUGCCGGCCACGGCCAGGUGCCCUAGGUCGGGCCGCUGACGAGGACUCAAAGGAGGGGGAGGAUGAGGUGAAGCGCUAUCAGGAGUUCCAGAACAGACAGGUGCAGAGCCUGCUGGAGCUGCGGGAGGCCCAGGCAGACACGGAGGCCCAGCGGAGGCUGGAGCAUCUGAAACAGGCUCAGCAGCGGCUCAGGGAGGUCGUCCUUGAUGCAAACACAACUCAGUUCAAGAGGCUGAAGGAGACGAACGAGAGGGAGAAGAAGGAGCUGCAGAAGAUCCUGGACAGAAAGCGCCACAACAGCAUCUCGGAGGCCAAGACGCGGGACAAGCAUAAGAAGGAGGUGGAACUGACAGAGAUUAAUCGUCGGCAUAUCACUGAGUCUGUCAACUCCAUCCGUCGGCUGGAGGAGGCCCAGAAGCAGCGGCACGACCGUCUUGAGGCAGGGCAGCAGCAGGUCCUGCAACAGCUGGCAGAAGAGGAGCCCAAGCUGCUGGCCCAGCUGGCCCAGGAGUGUCAGGAGCAGCGGGCGAGGCUGCCCCAGGAGAUCCGCCGGAGCCUGCUGGGCGAGACGUCGGAGGGGCUGGGGGACAGGCCUCUGGUGGCCUGUGCCAGCAACGGUCACGCACCUGGGAGCAGUGGGCACCUGUCGGGCGCUGACUCGGAGAGCCAGGAGGAGAACACGCAGCUCUGAACUGGCUGAGCACGAGGUGGCCGCAGGGCCAGGGUUGGCACCGGGUGGAGGGCAGGAGGCAACGACACUAAGCCUUUUUUUUUUUUUUUUUAACUUUUUAUCUCUAGAAAUUUUAUUUUUUUAAACCCGGGGCAAGUACCUCAGCUAACUCCCUUCAUCCUCCUGGGGCCCCUCCUUCCUGCCCUAAGUUCUCUGUUGGGGCCCUGCUCAGGGCCUUGCUCCCCGUGACACCCACACCCUCGAGCUUGCAGCGUCUCCUUCCCUUCCUGGGAGAGCUGGCUAGAGACGCGGAGCUCCGGGAAGUAGGAGUCACAGUUUUUCUCUACUCUCUGGGGAUUUUUUUUACAUGAAUAAAAGGAUUUCAGGGA